CACGAACACGACCCUCCGAAUGUAACUGACUGAUUUCAACAGGAAAAUAUGACACUUGAGUGCGCCUUUUUGUUCGAUCAAACGGCCAGUCGUGCGAAGUAGGUUUUCUUUCACCAGUACGAACGCGUGAAUGGAAUAGAGCAAGCAUUGUUGUCCUUCGCGCAUCAACCACCGGUUGUUUGGAGCUUUCCCGCUUGCUUUGUCAUGUUUAUGAAAUGUCACUAAUGCUGCCUAUGCUGCAACGUAACAUAUAUAGCGCUGUCCCUUUCGUAAUCUAGCCAGCAGAUACGAUGGAAAAACAAUCGAUUUUCCAAUCUGUUAUCUAGUAGAGCAGUCAAGCAAUGAUUUGAUUUUCUUUGAAAUUCUAAGGCAAAAUGUGUACAUAUGUAAAAUAGUAGUGCUUCGAAUACUAAGACGGAACAGUUCCAAUGAUUUCACAUGAGGUAAACUAUUUUGUAGAUAGUAAAAAACGAUCUGAGAAGCGGGAAGCCAAAACUGCUAACAUGACGAUGAAAACAGGUGAUUUUGACUUCGAAAAGCAUAUGGAGCAGUUCGAUUUCGAGACUUCUGCUAUCCACCGAAAACUACAAAGCAAGGUUGAAGCGUUAAAAAUUAUGAGAAAUGAGCUAGAAAAAUUUCGCUCGGAAAGAGACCAGUUCAAGCUUAUGGCUGAAACUCUUCAAAUGCGGUACACUACUCUCAAAAACAGCGUAAAUAGCUCAGAACUGCAAAUCGCUGGACUUGGUCAUAAUUCCGCGGUAAGUUUGAUUGUCAACCAAACUAGGGAACGAAACAUGUCACUAAGCACCGAAAUCGAAGCGUUACGGCAACGGAUUAUCGAAUUGGAAGGUGACAUCAAGGUACUGCGUACCAAAAACGCCGAUCUGCAAGCCAUUUGCAGUAAGCUCAGAUCGGCGGAAGAUAUGAUGCUGAGAGGAAACGGCACCAUCUUUUGGCAGAAGGAAAAGUCCAAACUUAUCUGUCAAAUGGAAAACCUCAAGAAGAAAAAUGCUCAGCUGCAAUACGAUAUUCGUUCGCUAAUAGACGAAAAGGAAGAAAUAGUUGUGGAACGUGAUGCCUACAAGUGUAAAGCCCACCGUCUAAACCACGAACUGUCUGUCGUACUAAAAGGUGACAAGUCACAACAGCAAAUACUGGACGUGGAUGGACUUAUUUUGGAAAACAAAUAUCAGCAGGAAAAGAUUGUCAACUUGGAAAACGAGCUUGAAUUAGCAAAGCAAUCGGCCACCAAGUACAAGAACAUGCUAGACACGAACCGAAAAAAAGGAAUUAUUAAGCUGGGAAGCAGCAAUAAUCGAACGAUCAUGUCUCACACACAAGUAAAAACACUCCUGGAAUGUGGCACCGUAGAUGAAAUUCCCCUCAAGGCAGCAACCAUUUCGGAACUUAAAUCCCUCUGUCUGGGACUGUUAGAUAAUGUCAAUGACAAAAGUCUAGCGCUUUCGCACCAAAAGAAAACCAACAAAUUAUUGGCCACCAAAAUUUCUGAACUGGAGCAGCGAAUACACGCAUUAACAGGGAACAGUGAUACCGGUGUGUCUUGUCUGUCUCCGUCGCAAAUCCUGCUGAACGGUUACACUUCCGGAACUGUCGACCUUGAUGUAAGCGAAGAACGGAAGCAAAUCAAAAUCUCCGCGCGAUCCGAGUAUACCGACAGUGGUGGAGGAGCAGGCUGCGAGGCAACAAGCUCCAAUACAUCCCAAGGCCUUCCGACGGAACUUCUAUCGUCGGAAUCCAAUAAAAGUCUACCAAGUUGUUCGGAACUGGGUGACCGUGAAUACGUUAACGAGUCGAGCUCUUCCGAUUUCACAUCCAAUGAAGAAGAAACUGGCGGUAUUCGAUUAGUACCAUACGUCAACGCAGAAAAAGACUGGCAAUCAUGCGACUCAAAACUUCCAGACUUACCGCCUGAAAUAGCUGCACUCGUCGAACAGUUCAUUGCUGAAAUGGACAACAAUGAUGUGGCCGAUAAUUGAAACCGGAAGGAACCAGUUAUCACUUCGCAGUAUGGGAGGAGUUUUCACACAGACAGGCACAUGCGUAUUUUUUAGCACUUCUAGUCAAGCAGAAAGGUGCUGCCGCAUUUGGCAAUUGUCAUCUCUUAGCCUUAAAAACGGAUGCUCUAAACAACUCACUUUCUUGUCUACCGAAUCAACAACGCGGCUAAUUCAUGUUGUAAGAUAAAAUAAAAACUUAAAGCGAGUACA